AAUGUUGGGAAGAAGAAGUGCAGUCGGGAUUGGGACUUUGGAGAGGGUGGUAGCAAUCUUAAAAGAUACCUGCAAAGAAAAAAACUGCAAUCUCCUUUCGGGAUAUUAAUCCUUUUACUGCAACGUGAACAUUAUCACUGUGACGUCUUUCUCCAGACACAAUGGCUGACAGUAAGAUGUUCGAUGACCCAGAGAAACUGAAGAGAGGUCUCAUAAAGGUCCUUGAAUGUGUGGCCACCAUCUCUUCAGCAGCAGCGGUGGUCAAUCCCAUCUUCGGUGUGGCUGGAUCUCUCAUCCGGGUGGUGCUUCACCAAGUGGACGACGAAGAUCUCCAGAAGCUCAAGCAUGAGUUUAAAAACGUGAAUCAAGCACUGGAUGACAUUUCAAAUCAGAACCGUCAAGCCCUGCAUGAGAUCCAGAAGGAAACGUUGGACAAACAGUACGACCAGAUUCAACAAAACCUUCGCAACCAGUUCUGCAAAUUCAUGGAGAUCAUGGAGGCGAAGCCAGAGAACGUGCAACGCAAGAAGGAGGAUUUCAUCGAGAGCUAUAUGAAUGACAACGGAGACCAAAACAUGCACACCCUUUAUGAUGGCGUGAUGGGGAAACGCAAACUCUUCAGCCGGCCCAUUCUGGAAGUGUACAUGAAGCAUUCGCAGAAUGACAAGAGCGUCAUGGAAAACCUCUGCACUCGACUCGCAUACCUCUUCUGCAUGGGUUUCAUUGCUAUGAUGGGUUACUAUGCCCUCAUAAAAGAUGACGUGGAAUCUCGGAAUGAGGAGUGGGAAGAAAAGAUGAAGGAUGUGCAGGAGAAGAUGCAGGAGGUGCUGAAGAGCUGCAAGUGAUUUCUUCAGCACAACCAAUGCCUUUUACAAUCUCUUUGUUGCCUUCUUGCUGGCAUGCUUUCCUUGCUGUUUGCACUUUAAACUACUGUAUAAUCAUCAACAUUAAGAUCAAUGAAAAUUGCUAAAGAAGUAUAAUUAGAUUCAUAAGGUCACUCGUGUGACACAAAUAUUUUAUUAUAGUCAGCUUUACAUAAUAUUUUAUAUAUAAAGAUAAAAUCUGCAAGGAAAUAAUUAUGUCUAUUUGAUUUCCUUAUGAAAGGAAGUCUAUGUGUUUCUGCUUUAUCUUUUUGCAUUUUAACUUGUAGCACAUUCAUAAUAGAUGCGUAAAUUUUUUGCUCCCACUGCAGCUCCUCGUAGAUCUACUGAUUGUUUUCCUAGCAUUCCUUACAUCUUUGAUUAUAGAUAAAUGAUAUCUAAGUUCAUCAGGAUCAUCAAGUUUCUUGCACAAUUAUUUACCCAUAAAUUACUCAAUAUAUAAAAUGUUUCUAUGUGUUCAUGUGCUUUUUGAAAAUCUGUACAAUCAUUCUCAGACACUUCUUGUAACUUUUAGAAUGUUUACAGUACUUCUGUAUAAUGCUGUAAAGGUUUUCAAUAAAGAUACAGAAUAAAAAAAUGCUUGAAU